GGGCGUAGUAACACGUUAUGUAUUUAAUUGGGAAUAUAUACAUUUAAAACAAAAUAGAAUCCCAAGUGAAUUGUAUUUUGAUUAUUGGAGAUUAUGCUUAAAGCAACAAUAUUUUAUUCAAAUUAAUCAUAUCUUAAAGAAGCCUACAUAAGUGGUAAAUAUUCAGUACUAUUUUCUAACGCAUGUGGACAGAGGUGUGUGAUUUUCAAGAUACUCCGUGCUAGAUGAGUUCAAUGAAAAAUGUGUUGAGGAUCAGAACUAUGGGGAAGCAUCCCAGCAUGAUUUACUUGUAUGGUAUUCUCAACUUGGUGUCCUUGUGUCAGAGCAUAUAUGUAGAGGCCAACGUACAUGUGCUUGACCACCUCAAUAAAACAGUGGAGGAAUACUAUGACAUUCAACCUCACUUUGGACCAGGUAUUUCUAACAGGGGGAUCUGGGGAUACUUGAUAUAUACACAGCCCCAUAAUGCCUGUGCCCCAGUGGAUCCUCCUCCUUUCCAAACUACCAAUGUAUCUAAGUGGAUAGCACUGAUUGAGAGAAGCUAUGGAAAUGAAGCCUGCUCCUUCGUUACUAAGGUUCUUAAUGCGCAGAAGGCUGGUUUCUCUGCUGCAAUUGUUCACAAUGUGGGUUCUGAUGCCUUGAUUCCAAUGGGGGAUGAUGGCUUUGGUGACAAAAUCAUUAUCCCAUCUGUGUUCGUGUCUGAGAGUGACGGGACCCAGCUCAAUACAUUAUACAGCUAUUAUGCUUCUCCCACUCACAAGUAUUCCAUUAUGUUGGACCCUAGAGAUUCAGAGUUUAACCCCAACUUGUAUCUUGUGCCUUUUGCUGUAGUUGUAGGGGUGUGUUUUAUACUCAUGGUUGUGUUCAUGCUGGGAAGAUGGAUCAAUGACAUGAGGAAGAAGAGAAAGAAUCGCUUGUCAAAGGCCAAUUUAAAGAAACUGCCUGUUGAGAAGUUUAAGAAAGGUAUGCAAGAGCAGAUCUGUUUCGGGUAUUCCAUUAUGUUGGACCCUAGAGAUUCAGAGUUUAACCCCAACUUGUAUCUUGUGCCUUUUGCUGUAGUUGUAGGGGUGUGUUUUAUACUCAUGGUUGUGUUCAUGCUGGGAAGAUGGAUCAAUGACAUGAGGAAGAAGAGAAAGAAUCGCUUGUCAAAGGCCAAUUUAAAGAAACUGCCUGUUGAGAAGUUUAAGAAAGGUGAGAGUCAUUAUGACACCUGUGCCAUCUGCCUUGAUGAUUAUGAGGAUGGAGAGAAGCUGAGAUUAUUACCUUGUCAGCAUGCCUACCACCAGCAGUGUGUGGACCCCUGGCUGACCAAGAACAAGAGGGUCUGCCCAGUCUGCAAAGCCAAGGUGUUCCCCAAGGAGAGGAGGAGAAGACGCAGCGCAGACAGCAGCGAGUCCAGCAGCGAUGAGGAGGAGGGGAGUAACACCGUCUCCGAGUCAACCCCUUUACUAUCCACUGCCACUGGUGGGAGGGGAGGAUCCACCUUUGAACACUCUGGUUUGCCUGCCUCCAUGAGGGCUGAAGUCACUCUCAUAAGUGACACACCCAGCAGUAGCCAAUCUCCGGAAACUAGCAGUGAAUCUGAGGGGGAUGAGAUCCCAUUCACUCCAUUGGUGCAUGCCAGUCACCCCCCUAAAAAUGCAGCUCCAUCUGGUGGCAGUCAUGUGACAGGGUCAUCUGGGGAGGUAGCUCCAUCUGGUGGCAAUCGUGUGGCAGGACAAUCUCGUGAGGAUGACCUAACAGUACCAUUGGAGGCUGAAGCUGUGAACUUGGCUUAUGAGGAUGAGGAGGAGGAAAAGGAGAGGAAAGAUGUGGAAGUACAUAUAGAUGGUGCUAAUGGUGGUACAGACACCGAAGUUGUGUUUUCUACGGAAAAACCAAAGGAAGAAGAGAACAAAGUUGAGGGCACUCGGGGCAAUGGGAACAAAACAGAUAUUGUAUGAGAAGUAUCAGUGAAAAUGAGUCAAAUAUGGUCAGUAGAGGUUUAAGUUUAUUUUUGGUCCUGAAAUGAGAUCUGUCUGACCUAGUUAUUUAUCCCCAUCAUAACCUUUUGUUGUCAACUUUAAAAAAAAA